AUGGCCACAACCCCAGCUGCAUGUGCAAGUAAUGACGUUUCAAGUGCCAGUUCAGUAGAAUUCUGUCGGGUCAGUCUAAACGUGACUACUUCUAGCAAGAGUCAGAUUUAUAUGGAAGCCUGGUUGCCAGGAAAUUAUACGGGGAGAUUUCUGAGUACUGGAAAUGGAGGGCUGGGUGGUUGUAUUCAAUACUCGGACAUGUUAUACGCAACACAAUUUGGGUUUGCCACUGUGGGCACAAACAACGGCCACUUUGGCGACACUGGGAAAUACUUCCUCGGCAACACCGAGAUCCUCGAAGACUUCGCCUACCGUGCAUUACACACUGGCGUAGUAAUUGGCAAAGAACUCACCAAACUAUUCUACACUAAAAUAAACAGCGGAUAUAAUAAGUCUUAUUAUCUUGGUUGCUCAACGGGCGGCCGGCAGGGAUGGAAAUCCCUCGAAAAGUUCCCCAAUGAUUUCGACGGUGUCGUUGCCGGUUCACCAGCCUUCAAUUUCAUCAAUCUCUCCAACUGGGGUGCGAGAUUCCUCGGUAUAACUGGCACCAAUACAUCAGAUACAUUUGUCACAGCGAAUCAGUGGGGAACCCUGAUUCACAAUGAAAUCAUAAGACAAUGCGAUGCUCUCGAUGGAGCUGUGUUCAUCCCAUUGAUCGGUGAAGAUGGCGAAUGGUUAUAUCCUCGCAUGCAACCUGGCUCGGAAGUGGAAGCUGCCUACGUUUACUAUUCCGGUCAACCGUUCCAGUAUUCCACGGACUGGUUUCGAUAUGUCGUUUACAACAACUCCAACUGGGAUCCUACUACAUGGACACUAGCAGAUGCGGAAGCUGCUGCUCAUCAGAACCCCUUCGACAUAUCAACAUGGGACAGCAGUCUCGUCGCUGGCUUUCAGAAGAAGGGCGGUAAAGUCCUUCAUUAUCAUGGAAUGGAAGACCCCAUCAUUACAUCCGACAGCUCUAAAGCAUGGUACAAACACCUCUCCGACUCUACCAACACCAGUCCCUCGAACCUAGAUGAAUUUUAUCGUUUCUUUGCUAUAAGUGGCAUGGGUCAUUGUAGUCCCGGUUCAGGAGCCGCUUACAUCGGACAGUCAGAAGCAACCUAUGUUCCGGGAUCAGAAAAAAUUCCUGAAGAUAAUGUACUGUGGGCUAUGGUGCAGUGGGUUGAAGAAGGAGUUGCACCGGAGUUUGUGCGUGGUGCAAAACUUGCGACUGAUGGAUCUGUAGAGUAUACAAGGAAACACUGUAAGUAUCCAAAGAGGAACGUAUAUGUUGGGCCUGGGAACUACACGGACGAGAAUUCGUGGGAGUGUGUAUGA